AUGGUUCCAGACGUCUCCGCAUUCAUCGCCGCUUGCUCCGGCAAUACUGCCAUCCUGACGGUGGUCGACCAAUUUUCCAAGGUCGCCCACUUCAUUCCUCUCCCCAAACUACCCUCGGCCAAGGAGACGGACCAGCUUAUGGUGCAGCACGUCUUCCGCAUCCAUGGACCGCCCGUGGACAUGGUCUCCGACCAGGGCCCUCAGUUCUCGUCUCGGUUCUGGAAGGCGUUCUGCACCCUCAUUGGCUCGUCGCCUAUCAGGUACAGUAGAUCUUUGACUUCAAACCUGCAUAUUGGUACAUCUUUUAUUAAGCCUUUCUCCACCGGUCAGAGGACUAACCUGAAGUUGGAGCUACACACCAAGAUGAUCAGAAUCGGGGUUGUUGUGGUAUUAUUCAGUACAAUAUAUGUGACACAAUGCAACAAUGUUCCGCGGCAUUUUCAAGUUCAGCGGGUUCAAAUUGGUGACCAAGUGAUUCUCUACUGUGUUUUCUCAAAGCAAGUAUACAAUGAGGGAAACAUGUUCUGGUUCAAGCAAGUAACAGGGGAAAUUCCUCAUGUUGUUGCAAAGAUGCAGAAAAAUCAGUCAAGGCCUGAACUGCACAAGGAAUUUAGAAAUUUGCAUCUUAGUAUUGAGAAGGCUCAAGCUGACGGGAUAUAUUGUCUUACAAUCCAAAAGAUGGAACCAAUGGAUGAAGCUAUUUACUAUUGUGCCUAUAUCACAGACUGUGAAGUCAACUUUAUCAAUGGAACUUUUUUAGUAUUGAAAGGCAAGAAUCACCAGAGGUCUGAUUACAAGACCGUGGUACAGAGGUCAGUUUCUGACCCAUUCCACCCAGGAGAAAAUGUGACUCUGCAGUGUACAGUACUCUCUGAGACCUGUAUAGGAGAACACAGUGUGUACUGGUUCAGAGCUGGAUCAGGAGAAUCCCAUCCAGGAGUCAUUUACACCCCUGGGAACAGGAGAGAUGAGUGUCAGAAGAACCCUGAGACUCCCUCUCCUACAAAGAGCUGUGUCUACAGCCUCUCCAAGAACAACCUCAGCCCCUCUGAUGCUGGGACUUACUACUGUGCUGUGGCCAUAUGUGGGGAGAUCCUUUUUGGCAAAGGAACAAAAUUGGACCUGGCCAGUAACGCGGAAGUGAAUGUGUCAGAAAUGGCUCUGGUAGUGGUUGUUGCAGGUUUGACAGUGGCGUUGGUGUUGUGUGGGAUUGGGAUCAUGUUCCUUGCCUGCACCAGACGAAAAGAGCAAAUCUGUGAAAAUUGCAAAGGAUCAAGAUGGAGAUAA